GUCUGUUGUAUUGUUUGUGUGUUAGGCACGUGUACGUCUGUUGGAUGUGUGUGUGUUUUGCGCGUGCCUGUCUCCUGUACGUGGACUGUGACCGCUGGUCCAGCGUGGGCAAGAUCAAGGCAGCGGCCUUUUCCACGAGUGGACCAGCUGGUCGUAGGCUGGACGUGUGGCGCUUCAUGAGAGAGUUCGCGGCAGGUGUCACCACGGACAGUCACCAGCUGUAGGGCCUUUUCAUGUAGGGCUACCAUCACGUAGUCAACCUGCCAACAGUCUGGUGGAGCUGCGUCACCAGGCCUUUGUGACACAGCAGAGGGUGGACAGAAAAACCGCCCGAGUGACGAGGGCGGUGGUGUUUACCCACCACAUCACAGGUUUACAAGCAGCCACUCUAAGACCUCUGGUGUUGCUGGAACACAGUCUCACAGUGGUGGUAAGAGUCUCAGUAAUCCAAUGUUUCCUUUUAGCCCUAUAGUUUGACUUGUAGCUGGGUCAUGAACUGAUGCUGUCUGCCUCUGUCCUUUCGUAUCUUCACAGCUGCUUCCUUGGACAAGGCAGUGGUUCUGCUCAGCAGCCCAGCAUCAGCCGCCUUGUUGAGGCCGUUCGCCUGGUGCUUUGUCAGCUUCACCCGGCCGGUCAGACCAUCGCUGGCGUCAGGGUGAACAUGUGGGCUGCCAUCAUGAGGGACUACGGUGUCAUCAGGGAUGUAGUCCUGGGCAGCCUUGGUCUCAUGGCCCAGACCCGUAUUCAGCUUUUGGAGAAUUAGUGGACACUGACCCAGUGGUGAGUGUACUGGAUCUUAUUGACACUGUGAUGCAGGCUAACAGGCUGUGCUGCAUUUGGUAAGUAAGCCCCCGGAGCAUCCGACUCACAGGCACCCUGCCUUUGAUUUGAACAUCCAGCCAGAUGCGUCUGGGCAGCUUCUCGGCGUGUCCGAGGCCAGCCUCUUCCUCCCGGUGAGACCAUGGUGAGCCCUGGUCCAGAAGACCAAGUGCCCUGUAGUGAAUACCAGAAAGUCAGAGGCUGAGGUGACCACCGCCACCACUGCUGAUAGACAGGCCGUCCUUGCUAAGUGGUGAAAGCAUGAGCACCAUGCCUGCCAACAGUGUGGCCAGCCCAAGACCAAGGAGUUUGACCACAGCAGUGGGGAAGACCGUGGAGCAGUGGAUGGAGGAGAUGAAGAGAGGAGAUGCUGGACAGGGUCAGUGAUCUGCUGACCAGCCCACUCACCUCAUGCAGCCGUUUUGGAAUGGGCAGCGGCACCAUUGGGGGCAGCUGGCGGGUGAUGGUGCUGGGGUCAGUGCCCGGGGCCAGAAGCUUCUUGAGCACGGAGAGGUACUCAGAGGCCUGGGCCAGCCACUGCUGUCUGUGCCUGACGCACAGAAGCCUGUACAACCCUCCGGACGGUCUUGUACAGCCCACAGGCCGUAGACUUACGGCCCAGCCGACGGCACUCGGGCUACGCACACAGCAGCUUGAAUGCCCACAUGCGGUACGGCAUCCACAGGAACAGUCCGCUGUGGAAGAAAGCGUCGGGCGAAGACGGAAGUUGCACGUAAACCAGCCGGGGUCCGGGAGGAGACCACCACAGAUGCAGAUUCUUGAUCAGUGCCGGCCUCCCAGACUGCACUCUGGUGAAGAGCGCCCGGCUGACCCACUGGUGCUGCUCUCUGGGCAGUGUCUGCUUCCAGCCCUCAGGCAGAAGCAUCUUAAACGAACAAACAGAUGCAUCGUGAAUAAGGGCUUGGUGUUUUCCUCAACCUACCACAAAAGCACCAGAGGGGGGCUGGUGCUGCUCAUCUCAGCAGUGGGCACUGGCUGCGUUUGAGAAGGCUGCUUUUCUGGUUCAGCCGUCGGCAGGGAGUGCUGGGGUGGGGCAGGGACCUCCGGAGCAGAGGAAGAGGAAGCUGGAACAACACGCAUUAAUGAGCUUAGAAAAGGGCAAAAGAUGUCACUUAACGUCACAACAUGGGUGUAUAUUCAAGUUUCAAGUUUGGUUUAUUCGUCACAUACAUAGUCAUACAGUAUAACUCGCAGUGAA